AUGCAAUUUCUUGGUGAUUUCUCUGUCUGGGAGCCAUGGAAGCAAAGUUCUGAUUGUUUUGGAAAUAUUAUAAUCCUGUCAGGGAAAAUAGAAAACUGGCUGCUUUUUCAUCUCCGUUCGAUCAGCUUGCCCUCUAGAUCUCAUCUAACAGAAUGCAUUGAAGAACAGCUUUACAAAUUGAAGAAUUUAAAAUCACUAUCAAUACGUCACAAACUGGGUAGCUUGGAAGAGUUUCAAACAAAGACAUCAGUCAAGGUUGGGAAAGAAUUGGAGGAAAUGGGGUUGAGCCUUCAAGAAGCAGAGGAGUCAGUUAGAAAGGUGUUGAAGUGUGCAAUGUUUGAGUCCAUAGUAUCUUUCAUUUCUCUGCCAAAGGCAAAAUCAAAGGUUUCUAUUGUCUCAAAAUUAUUGAAACCAAAGCAGGUAUCUUGUGAAAAAGAAGUUGAAGCCAAUGAAGUGGAGAAUAUUGAUGUUGAAUUGUUCGUCUUGAAAUCGAGUAAAGACAUCAAUCAGGUGAAAAAUGUUUUGAAAGGAUUGGAAGCAUUAGAGUUGAGCCUUCAAGAAGUAGAGGAGGAAUUAGAGUGUGUCUAUAGGCGAUUGGUGAAAACCAGAGUAUCCCUUCUCAACAUUCUGAAUAAUUGA